GGAAGUGACGCGAGUCUUGCUGGUCGCAAGCUAGGGAAGGGUUGAGCGAAUCGCUGAGGCUAGCGGGCCCGGCGGGCGUCCUCGACCACUAUGAGCUGCACGAUCGAGAAGAUCAUGACAGACGCGAAGACGCUGCUGGAGCGUCUGCGCGAACACGAUGCGGCGGCCGAGUCCCUGGUGGACCAGUCGGCCGCGUUGCACCGGCGGGUGGCGGCGAUGCGGGAGGCGGGCGCCGUGCUACCCGAGCAGUAUCAAGAGGAUGCACCCGACGUGAAGGACAUGUCUAAAUAUAAACCUCACAUUCUGCUGUCCCAAGAGAAUACCCAGAUUAGAGACUUACAACAGGAAAACAGAGAGCUGUGGGUUUCCUUGGAGGAACACCAGGAUGCUUUGGAACUCAUCAUGAGCAAGUACCGGAAACAGAUGUUGCAGUUAAUGGUGGCUAAAAAAGCAGUGGAUACCAAACCGGUUCUGAGAGCUCACCAGUCUCACUCUGCAGAAAUUGAAAGUCAGAUUGAUCGAAUCUGUGAAAUGGGGGAAGUGAUGAGGAAAGCAGUUCAGGUGGAUGAUAACCAGUUUUGUAAGCUUCAGGAGAAACUAGCGCAACUAGAGCUUGAAAAUAAGGAACUUCGAGAAUUAUUGUCCAUCAGCAGUGAGUCUCUUCAGGUCGGAAAGGAAAGUUUUGUGGAUCCUGCUUCUCAGCCCAUCAAAUAACUGAACUUCUGAACGCAGGCUGCAGAUGGUCCGUCCAGGAGAGAAGUGACGACCUCUCCGUAGGACGUGUCCCUUCAAGAGUCCUGCCACAGACUUGACUUAGUGUUGAUUAGAGGUUUGAGAUGGCAGUCCAAAUUUGCCACUUGCUAGUCAUUGUCCACAGAACAGUUUGGGGUAUAUUAGUGAACACAGAGGCGUCUCCCAUUCCUUUGUCAGAGACUACAUUUAGUUUUGACUCUGGGACCUGAAUUUAUAUAAACUGUUGUUUUCAGUUCAUGUUUGUUUUCACAUCUCUGAAAUCUGAACAUUUUAUUAUAAGCCAGUGAUUUUAUUUUAUAUAGGAUUAUAAAAUUGACUUCUAGGAAUUUUUAAGAGAUCGAAUUUUUUAAAAGUACUUGUUUGGCAUAAACCUGAUUUUAUUUCCUUUUUCCACUUGCAAAAGUGACAUGAUUCCCAGAAGCAGACUGGCAGCCCCUCUGAGUUGAGCCACUCAUCUGUGGAGUUUGGAUUCUCUCUGGUGCUAGGAACUGGCACCUCGUGGCCAGGUGUCUUUACUCUUAAUUUGAGAGAAUCUAUUCCUAAUCCCUGGGAAGUUACUUGAAAUCAAGUCAUCUGGGUUUGGGUUGUUUCUCCUCCCCCAGGAUCACACAGUCAUUCAGAGAGUGCUGAGGAACUUGGACCUGCCCCGUCAGGUGCGGUCCCAUGUGAGCACUUGAUUUAAAUGCCAAAAGUAGUUUUCAUUUAUUUGAUCAAGUAGUCAGUUUCCCAUCUUGUUUGACUAAGGAAUCUUCGGUUUAGGUAGUUUGCCGGCUAUGAAGAACAUCAGAGUUUUUCAGGCACUGUGCCCACUAUUGAAUUGAUGGGGCUGCGGCGGUGAAGAACGGCUCUGCUUGGCUGACUCACGCUGGCAAGUGUGGUCUGCUGUCUUAGAUGUGUUUGGUUUUUACAUGGAAGCACUUUUAUCACCGACAGAAAGUUACUACAUUCCCGGUGCCACACAGGCAGUUGAGAACAGCACUAAGAUCCGGCUGCAUUGAGGCUCUGCUAGUUCCCUUGUCAGCCUUUCCCUGUCCUGGUUUGCUCUAAUUUAUACAUAAUUUCUUCUAUGCUAUUUGUUUGCCCAGAGUGGCAGAAAAACCUUAACCUUGUCAAUAUUUGUCACAACUCAGCCCCAUACCACAUGAGAAAGGUGGUAUUAAAAAAGAUCUAGCGUUUUAUAUGUCAUAAAGCUUCUUUUGUAUCCAGAAUGUUUUGAGUCCAUCGGAUCCCAUUAGUACCUAUUGACACAGAGCUGUGGACAGCUCCAGCUGUUGGCCUUGCAGUGUCCCCUAAGUGCCCAAAGUGUGCUCCACAAGCCCAUCAGGAGCAGGUAUCCUCUACACGGGACAGCGGUCAGUCAGGUUCCAUUGAAAAGGGUAGUGUCAGCAGAGUCUGCUUCAGCAGUAUCUGCCUUGAGUUUCCUCUGUACAUCUUAGCCACCAGAAGAAUCUCUUCCUUUUAGCCCUGGGGAUAUACUGAGCUUUCAGUGCCCUACGUCACACACAAUCUGCCUGGUGUUAAUGCUGGGAAGGGAAUAUAGAGCUAGUGUGCUGAAUGGAGAAGGAAUGUUCUUCACUGUGUGUGAAGAUGGUGAUGUCCCUUGCAGUGGAUGGACACUGCAUGAAAUUAUCUUUGCUAAUAAACAAGUCUUUUGGGAA